AUGACGCUCCGCCCAGGAGUCUACUGUCCAACGGUGACCUUCUUCCACCCAGACACUGAAGACCUCGACAUCCCAUCAAUCCGCAAGCAUGCCGUGCGUCUCGCCAAGGCCGGACUCGCCGGACUGGUCACUCUGGGCUCCAACGGCGAAGCCGUGCAUCUAACACGCGAAGAGCGCAAAACGGUGACGCGCGAGUCCCGCGCUGCCCUCGAUGAGGCCGGAUACCACAAUGUGCCCAUCAUCGCAGGCGCCAGCGAGAAUAGCAUUCGCGGCACUAUCGAGCUGGCCAAGGAAAGCGCCGAAGCCGGCGCUGGAUAUGUGUUGAUCGUGCCGCCUAGCUAUUACCGCUAUGCCGUUGGCAAUGAUCAGACCAUCUAUGAAUUCUUCACUGGCGUGGCGGACCAGUCCCCCGUGCCGGUCAUUCUGUACAACUACCCGGGUGCUGUCGCUGGCAUUGAUAUGGAUUCCGACCUCAUUAUCCGUAUUUCUCAGCACCCCAACAUUGUAGGCACCAAGUUCACCUGUGCCAACACCGGGAAAUUGACCCGAGUUGCUCGUGCCCUCGAUGCCAUCACCCCGCAAGCUCCGUUCCCUACCAAGCCGCUGUCAUCGACAAAGACGGAGGCAAACCACCCAUAUGUUGCCUUUGGAGGAAUCGCCGAUUUCACCCUGCAAACACUAAUUUCCGGCGGCUCUGCCAUCAUCGUCGGCGGUGCCAAUGUCAUCCCCCGCACGUGCGUGCAGAUUUUCAACCUGUGGAGUAGCGGCAAGAUUGCCGAAGCCUUUGAGCUGCAAAAGGUCCUGAGUGACGGAGACUGGGUCCUGACAAAAUCUGCUAUUCCCGGCACAAAGCAGGCCAUCCAGCUGUUCUUUGGCUAUGGUGGCUACCCUCGGCGUCCGUUGCGCAGGUUGGACGAGGCGAGUGUCAAAGAUCUCGAAGGAAAGCUUCAAGAGAUCAUCGCUGUGGAACGCAGCCUGCCCGACUUUGCUUAG